AUGAAACAUUGCACGGUGGCGGAUAUUUUGGAUUGGACGGACGGGUCGCAUAGGUGGAUGCUGGACGCCUUGUUCGCUGCUGGUUCUACCUCCGGAACUGACUUCUCAGCCGCGGCAGCAACCAGUCCCAGCUGGACUCGGUUUCGCGAUGGCUUUCGUGGUUUUCUCCCUUGCGAGACAAGUUGUGAUUCUUUCCUUUGGUCUUUUAAUGGAGAUAAGGACUUCACCGUUGCGAGCAUCUCUCACGCGGUCGAUAAUGCCAAACCUUUAGCUUGGGAUUCUAUUGUGAUUAAUUCCUUGAAAGUGGUGUGGGACCUUAAACUACCGCCUAAGAUUAAGGUUUUUGCUUGGAGAUUCUUCAUAGAUCGGCUCCCAACUAGAGAUCAGUUGUUGAAAAGAGGUGUUGCUAACGUUUCUUGCCCGAAUUGUGUGUUGUGUGGUUCUUGUCUUGAAUCAUCUUCCCAUCUUUUUUUCAAUUGUCAAGUGGUGAAAGUUAUUUGGAAACACGUUUUUCUCUGGCUUGGUAUACCGAACGAUUUUAAUGAAGAGGAGAUUCGUUGUUUUGAAACCAUUCAAGACAAGGUGAAAAGUAGUAAUCGUAGAACCUUGAUCAAUUUCGUUUGGUUUGCAACUAUUUGGAGUAUAUGGCUUAUGAGGAAUGCUAUUGUCUUUAAGGGGGAGGUGUUUUGUUUUGAUGUUAUUUGUUCUAACAUUGUUUUUCUUUCUUGGAGGUGGUUAUGUAGUGGAUAUCCUAAGUUUAGACCAAUUUAUUACGAAUGGUUUAAACUUCCCUUAUCCGUUACUUGCUACAUCUAG